GUGAAACACAACAAAAUCUGCUGCCGCGACUUCACGAUUACGGAUAUUAGCUUAAUAUUUAACUUAAAACUUUAGUCCGGGUUCAAAUGCCGUGAUGAACGUUAGUUAGUUAUCGGCUUUGAUGUCUUUCCAAAAAGAAAGAAAAAUGAAUAACGUUUUUGUUUUUAGAAUACAUGUGAUAAAAUUCGUGUUCCAAGUACUACUGGGAUUUGCACAUUUUCUGUACGCGUUUUAUACGUGGCUCAUUGACCAGACGUUAUUUAAACAGCCUGACCCAUGGCGAAAUCAGUCCAUAGAUGUUUACGGCAAGUAUAAGUUGACGAAAAAGCCCAACCACCUGGUGGUUUCGGUGUGCCAGGAGGAAGUGUUUUAUGAACAUCUGGCCAAAUUACUGUCCUGGGCGUUGUUUUUGGAAGUGCCUGUUGUCAGUUUUUACCACAAUGAGAAUGGUAAUGAAUAAUAAUGCUAUAUUAUUAGGUCUGUUCAUAAUUGUUGCUCACGAAUUACUGUUCUGUGUAUGUGACCUAUGGUGUAUUUCCCUGCUUGGGUUUGUAAGCCAAUAUUUGUAAUUCGGGAAACACUAUAAAUGAAUUAUCAUUUAGGAAUUUUAGGAGAAUUAAAAAAAAAUAUAUUUUAGUGUUAGCUUAUGUGCUAAAUUUCUGCAUAUUGUGUAACUAUAUUUUGGAUUCUAUGUUUCAGGCAUAUCUUCUGAAGAAUUAUUUUUUGCAUUCAGGGAUCAGUACAAUAAUUUACUUACCAAAGUCAGUUGGGAAUUAGGAUUUAAUGAUAAUAUCAAAUUCGAGUCUAAAAAAUGUAUAAAUGGUGAGUAUUGUAAAUAUGUUUUAUGUACCUAUUUUUUAAUUAGUAAAUUAGAUUUGUUUGUUAAUUAAAACAUUUAAAAUUGUAAGGAUAUAAAUGGGAACCAAGAAUCAAAGUCAAUAUAUUGUCGUCAAAUCAUUCCAAAUUACAAUUAGUAGAUGCAUUGCGCUCCAUAUGCAGAACAGAAGAAAAAUUUUCGGACACAUUAGUCAUGUCUGCAAUCGAUAAAACAUUCCCCAUGGUUGAACCAGAUUUAGUUGUGAUUUGUGGCAAGUCUUGUACAACAUUUGGAUUAUUACCAUGGCACACUCGUGUCACUGAAUUUUUGUAAGUUAAAUUAAUUAUUCAUAUUUAAAAUGCAAAUAACCUGCUGCAUGCUGUAGUAUAAUCUUCCUGAUAUUAAUUUUACUAUUAUCAUUCUAGAACAUUGAAAACUCAUUACAACGUCCCAUUCUCAAAGUUUUAUAACUUAUUGGAACAAUACAGUAGACAUGAACAAAGAUUUGGAAAAUAAAUCAUUAUUCAAUUUUGAUAAUUUAACUGUACAUAAUAGUUUUUAUUUUGUUUGUUAAUUGUGUAAACAUUGUUAUUAAUUAUAAAGAGGAUAAUACUUCCUAAUGAAUUAUUUAUAUAAUCAAAUUUAAAUAUAAUAUUGGGUUUUAAUAAUUUAA